CUAUUUUAAGUUCGGAGUCGUCGUAGCGCCCAUAGCUCAGUGCAUUAUUGAAGUUUGUUUAAAGGGGAACGCGUCGCGUUGGAGUCCGGAGCAAUGGGAAAACUCUAUAAACUAUAUAGCUGGAGCCCGGAGUUCUGGAUAUGCCUUGUCUGGCUGUUCGAUUUGGUGAACUCCCAGCCCCAGCUCCCAGAGAGCUGCAAUGAUGCACGCGCUCGCCCCGGCAGCUGCGUUCCUCUGACGAGCUGCUCGCAUCUCGUCCAGGAGUAUCAGACGGGCACAGCGGAUCAGGAAUUUCACACGUUUCUCGGACAGUCCAUUUGUGGCUUUGAUGGCGCCAGCUUCUUGGUUUGUUGUGCCACGAUGCGUGAGCCUACGGCCAGCCGUCAUCCCAAGCAAAUUGCGCCAGCUGUCGGCUUCUCGUUCUCCUCGCUGAGUGGACCGACCACGCCUCCACCUCCGCCCAUUACUGUCUUUCAGCCCACGCCGCCAAUAAAUCAACCUGGAAUUGUGCUGCGUCCUACUCCAGCUGCGCCAGUUCAACCAGCUCCUGCUCCUGGUCCUGUACCAUUACCUGUCUUCCCCUCACAGCCAGGUGGCGGCGCCAGCAGCUCCAUCAGCUCCAGCGGCUGUGGCAUAGGUGGCGCCACCACAAAUCGAGUCGUUGGCGGCUUGCCCGUUCGCAAAGGUGCCUAUCCUUGGAUGGCUGCUCUGGGCUACUUUAAGGAUGGCAAUCGCAAUAGCUUGGAAUUUCUUUGCGCCGGCAGCUUGAUCAGUUCGCAGUUUGUUGUGACCUCGGCGCAUUGCAUUAACUCCAUGCUGGCGCUGGUUCGCCUGGGCGCUCGCGAUCUCUCCAAUCCCAGCGAGGCGGGUGUGAUGGAUUAUCGCAUCCGACGCACUCUUGUGCAUCCGCAAUUCGAUUUGUCUGCCAUUGCGAAUGAUAUUGCCCUGAUUGAGCUGAAUGGCGAAGCGCCAUCUACUGCUGACAUUCGACCCAUUUGCCUGCCAGAGUCGAGCCGGUUUCAGCUUGAGGAUCAGUUCGUGGGCAUGAAUCCCUUCGUGGCCGGCUAUGGGGCCACGCAGCAUCAGGGCGCCACCUCCAAUGUGCUGCGGGAUGCCCAGGUGCCGAUCGUCUCACGGCAGAGCUGCCAGCAGAGCUACAAAUCUGUCUUUCAAUUUGUUCAAUUCAGCGACAAGCUAAUUUGCGCUGGCAGCUCCACAGUCGACGCCUGUCAGGGGGAUUCCGGCGGACCAUUAAUGCUGCCGCAGCUGGACGGCAGCAUCUAUCGCUACUAUCUGCUGGGCAUUGUUUCCUUUGGCUACGAGUGCGCCAAGCCCGGUUUUCCCGGCGUCUACACCAGAACCAGCAGCUACAUGAGUUGGAUACAGCAGACACUGGCUGGCGCUUCGAGGGGCAGGAGGUGACGAUGCGUCGACGCUACGCUUAAUAUUUGAUU